AUGGUUUAAUUCACGUUUUGCAUCAUAGCGUGUUGACAAGCAGCCUUGGUGAAUUCGCAGAACCGUGCAGAAUUUUCAAGCCGUCGCGUGCGAUGCAUUUCGCAGUAGUCCGAUUGCAAUUCAGAAUAACCACUCACGAGAGAAUUUCGACCACUAACGUCAACUUCGAAACGGUUCCAGUUCAAUGUGUGCAUUUGUUUGUUAACGCGCGUUCGCUCCUCGUGUACCGUGAUGAUUUAUUUUAUAUACGUUAGGUCAUGAACAUGAUUAUGAUGACAUUUAAAUUUCAGUUUUAUCGUAAUAUCACAACAGUUCGGAUGCUUUGAGCACCUUUUUACAAAUUUGUAGUUUAGAAGAACAGUGAGCCGUAUUUCUUUUAGUUUAUUCGAGACUUGUGCUAUCGCAGUGUUGAUAACAGGAUACACAAUGUUGCUGUCCAUAUUGUAUGAAUUUACUAAUUACUUAACAUCGAAAACAUCAGCAUGCAGCGAGAUAUUAUCUGUACAGUUCUAAUGGUUUUCGGUUAGUGUUUAUAUUUGUUGUAGUGAAACAGGUGAAUUUAUAGAAAAGGGAGUGUGGUUACUCUUAGAGAGAGUAUAAAUAAAAUAGUGAAGCAUCAAUUUUUUGUGAAUGCUGCUUUUAAAACAGAGCACAUAAUGAAUUUAGAUUCGUUAUCCCGGCCUGAAACAAUUCAUGUCACAGCUCCUGGAGCUACAACUCGUCCACCGCAAACUAUGCCGCAAAGAUCGCCUUUCGCCAUCCAGGAAUUACUCGGAUUGAGUGAUAACUCUCGCCCUAGCGGUGUAGUAUCCUCUGUCACGCCAUCACUUUACACCAGCGUAGGACAAUCACCGUUCUCGGCUGAUCCUCAUCAAAUGCAGAUGGCUGCCUCUCGUAUGGCCUACUUUAAUGCUCAUGCAGCCGUUGCAGCCGCCUUUUUACCACACAAUAUGGCUGCUAGUGCUGCUGGAGGUCCACUACAACUGCACCAUCAAAGUACAGCCGGUUUUCCGCAUUUAAAGACUACUUUCGGAUCAGCCACUAGUCCGUGCUUACCAGGUGGCGUCGAUUCCAGUAAAGAUUAUACGAUAGAUAAUAUCAAUGGAUAUGGCAAAAAGAAGAAGAAAAAACGAAGACACAGUCGAACAAUAUUUACCAGUUACCAACUAGAUGAAUUAGAAAAAGCCUUCAAGGAAGCUCACUAUCCCGACGUUUACGCCAGAGAAAUGCUCUCAUUAAAAACAGAUCUUCCAGAGGAUAGGAUACAGGUAUGGUUCCAAAAUCGAAGAGCCAAGUGGCGUAAGACUGAAAAGUGCUGGGGCCGAAGUACUAUUAUGGCCGAAUAUGGACUUUAUGGUGCUAUGGUUAGACAUUCACUGCCGCUGCCAGAAACUAUUCUUAAGUCAGCCAAGGAAAACGAAUCGGUCGCACCAUGGCUUCUAGGUAUGGAGAUGAAAAGUAUGCACAAAAAAUCUUUGGAAGCUGCAGAAACGCUUAAAAACUCAGAGGAUAACAGUGAUCGAGAGGAAACACGAACAGAAGCUAGCGACAUCAGUGCAGGGUCAAGCAUUAACAAUCAUGGAAUGUCUCCUGAGAAAUCUCCCGGGCUAAAUCCUCCCGCAAGUACAAAUAUGGGAAGCAGUACGAACAACACUACCAACCAAAGUUCCGGUUCCGAUGGCAGUAAUGUUCAUAUUUCCCAUCAAAGUUCAAAUACGGCAACGAGUGGGAUUUCGCACCUGUCACCAACGUUAGCUCACUCUCCAAUCAAUAGCUCUUCGACCACAUCAGUAACUCCUCCUUUAGCUACGUCUGCAAGACAGCGAGCAUCUCCAUUAGUAACGAUAACUGGACAACCUCAAUCUGGUGCACUAACACAUCCUCAUCACCAUCAUCCACAUUCGUCGCACCAGCACAGCCCUGUAGACAACAAAGAAUUCAAUCUCAGAAGUAGUAGUCCAAUUGGAAAUAAUUACCACCCUGAAAACGACCCUGAAGCGUUCAGGUGGGUUGACUACCGAGAUCCUGUUUCGUAUAUACGGAACAACUCAAUUGCUUGUCUUCGUGCCAAAGCCCAGGAACAUCAAGCCAGGCUGCUGAACAGUGGUCUUCUGCUUCAAGUUCGUUCACUGGCAGGUUUACAGAAUCCACUGCAUCACAAUAACCCAUCUGAAAUCAGUGGUGUUGGAGUUGGUGCCGGCAACAACAUUCACCAUUGUGACACCAACGGAAACAAUUUGCUUCUUGCUUCCCACUCACCAUCGCAAGAAAAUCUCAACUUGGCAGCUGUAGAACGCCAGCGGUCAGAGGCAAAUAGUAGCAAUGGAUCAGCUAUAUCUAUAAAAUGUCGGAGUAACAGUCCAAAUGUUGCCACCUUUUGACAAUAAACUACCGGGUGUCAAUCUGUCCCACCAUUUCCUGAAUAGCGCAAUAGGCUUAGUCAUCAGAUGAUAAUUUUCAUGACCCCGAUUUCAGGAUAGACAUAUAGUGAAGGAAAACAAACACAUGUUUCUAUGCGUCGGAAUAUUCUCCUUACCAAUCCUGCUAAUCGAUUUAUUGUUUCUAGUGAAAAAUACGGGUUAUUAAAAUACAUUAACGUGACGCACUAAAAAAAUCGAAAUUCCCCAUACCUUUUUUCGUCUCUGGUCAGAAACAACAUUUGAAGAACAAACUGAUAUUUACUAUGACAUUGUUAUGACUUCAUUGCGGUAUUACUAGCUCAAGUUUAGUGAACCAGCUUUUUGGCAGCGCUUAUCCCUUUCCGAUCGAGCCCAAUUGUGUAGGUAAAAAAUGACGGAGGACAAAACCUAAAACGAAGCAUAGACCAUCGCAGCAAAUCUUUUUAACCUCACUUUUUUGACAGACACUGGUUACUUUGUUUACGUUUUGGACUUUGUGUUUUUUUCUGGUGGAGCAAUUGUGUGCGUAGUGGUAAUACUGCUCAAUUUAUAAAUGUUCUUAGUGUAUUGGCACUGGCAACUUUCACACAAUGUUUAAAGCAUAAUGUAUAGUGACAUGGUGUAACGGUACGUCAAAUGCAGAAUCGGCCAUAUUGGAAACUUUGGAUUUGUGCUUCUGGAAAGCAACUUGCAAGUCAAACACUGAAAAUUGGGACGUUUUUUUUUCAAGUGAGCAAGGAAACAUAAAUAAACAAGGAAGAAAUUCUUCCUGUUGCAUCACUACUUCGUCUCCAACUUCUCUAAGCAAAAAACACUACCUCAGCCCGCGCCUACUUUAUGAUCAAACCGUUACACCAUGUUCUACUCAUCAUGGUUUAAAGGGCAUUUUGAUCGCAAUUGAAACGCUCUGCUUGAAUCGAGAACAAAACUGCAUCGCGUUACGUCACCGUGCGAUGGUCUAUUACUUAUAUAAAUGCACCUGUUGCUCCAGUUUUUUAUGCUUCGUAGUUGCUUCGAUGUUGACACUAGCAUUGUGAGCGAUAAAACAAUGAAUUCUGGAGUACUUUGGGAUAAGGUCGUAUGUCUAAACGUAAACACAACGAGUGAGAGAUGAUUUGUGCUUGUGACGUAAAAGGGAUAUAACUCUCGCUCGUUUUGUUUACGUUUAGACAUACGACCUUAUCACAUAGUAGCCGAGAAUUUUACUUUUAAAGAGCGAGAGAGUAAAGGUUGUAUUACACUCUUUGACCAAGCGUCAAAUAUUUGUCACUUUUUGACAGAUAAAAAUUUGGUCAAAGAUAAUUGUUCAUUUGUCACUCUCCAAUUUUAUAAUGUGGCAAACACGGGCAAGCAACAAUCAUGAUGUCAAAUAAAUUUGACCAAUAGGUCAAAAGGUCAAAUAUUUAACCAUUGGUCAAAGAGUGUAAUACAGGCUUAAGUUUUGUCUAAGUCACCUUCUAUCUACAAAAUUAGGUGGGUUCGGUCGGAAAGGGUUAUAGUAAUAUAAUUUCUGAUUUAACUUUAGAAUAUAUUUGUACACUAAAAAUUUAGAGUGCAAUGACACGCCCAAUGAAUUAUUAAGUACCACUUCGAACCAAGCGAGCAAUGUAUUUGUGUAAAACAUGAGUUAAAAGUUACUUUUUGAAAAGUAAACCCUGAAAAGAAGGUAAAUAACGAAAGUAAAUGCUAAACUAGGAUAAAGAGCGUGAAAAGCAAGCAACUGAAAAUUUUAUAUAUGAGUAAAGGCUGAUGGACUCUGAUGAAAAAUGUGGACAUCAGAAUAAUUACUCAUUUUGCCUGUAUAUCCAGAUCGGCACUAAGCAGUACCAAAAACUAUAGGUAGAACAACGAUUGAUUGAACGAUUGAACGAUUACAGACCAAUCUUCUAUGGACUUUAAUACCGCAACGAUUAUAAGUAAAAGAAUUCAAUAUACUUUGCAUUCGUACUUACAAAACAACUGUAAAAACAGCAUGAAUGAAGAUUGUUUUAACUCUUUGUCAAUGAUCGAAGUUAUAACUAGUCCGUAUGAAUGCUCGAAUGCUACAGCAAAUAUGUGCUUUCAUCUAUUGUAAAUCUAUGAUUAUAUUCAAAAGCACAAUGAAGAUGAAAAAAUAAACUGUCUAAAGAUUAUCUCCAAACCUAAAUGUAAUAUUUCAAUUAGAUUGUACUUAGAAGAUAAUAAGUAUUUCAAUUAGAUCGUAUUUAGAAUGCCGUAAAAUGCAAUGAUCACUAAUUCAGUGAAAAAAUAAAAAACAUUUCAUA